UUGCAGCACACACCCAAUUUCCCCUCCUUCCUCUUCUUUCCUGCUCUUUCUUUUCCUCCUCCCCCUCUGUCUUAAGACACUCUCCCUUACUCCUCCCCUCUGUUCCUUCUCUGCCUCCCCAGUCCACAUUUCUAACUCUAAACGGGGAAUGGCUAACACCAUGGUCUCUAUGCGCAGCUCGGAGCUGGGCCCACUCGGUUGGGACGCUGUCACUAAACGUCAUCUCUUUCUACAGAAAGUCUCCUCAAAGCUGGGGCCCAAUUACAGGCAUCAAGGGAGAGGUUCCAGAGUGGAUAAGGGGCGCUCGGGACCGACUGUACCUCCAGGGUCAGGGACGGGACCUCCAGGACAGGGGAGCCCUGGGCCUCGGCAAACCCAGAGUAAUGGCUCCACGAUGGGGGAGAGUGGACAGAGCACUGGAGGCGGAUCUCAAAAAAAGCACAGCCAAAGUCAGUGCCAGGGUAUCCCAAAACCUCGCACCACCGCAGCUGUUCUGGGUCCUGCAACAUCCAACUCUAAACCAACAGCCAAUCAGCAGGCACCCGGGUCGGUCAGACGACCUGCCGCACCCGCCGCAUCAAAACGUCCUGUGAAGGGAUUACCCACAAGCCUAACUUCGUCAUCACUGGGAAGCACUGAGAUUAGUGGAGCGACAAGCAAAGGUCUGAAGGCCCCAACAGUCAACAAUAAUAACACAACAAAGACAGCAGCCGCCCAUUCAAUAGUUCCGGCUGCCAAUCAGGCAUCCCAGUAUCCCUUGCAAAGAAGCAGCUCAGCAAGACUCAGUCGAAUAAACAGCACAGUGGACAAAAACAAGGCACCAGCAAGACCCACAAACUCCAACAGCAGCUCACCGGCAGCAGCACCCGCAGGAGGAAACAACCAGAGAACGCAGCAUCCUCCACCAGAUCUGGUAGCAGAUGUGGUGAAUGCUAAUGCACCAGUGACGACAGUUUUCCAUGUGCCAGCCCUUGAUACCACCAACACUGGCUCAGGCACCACUGGAGCCUCCUAUCUUGGGUUCAAAGCAAAGACCGGUUCAAGAUCCAUCCCCAAAACAGCAUCUUGCCUACAGAAUGCAUCCAAGCAUGGUGCAGCAGGUGCUGUUGUGGCGGACCGGAUGGUCACUGCCAAACAGAACCAGAGCAAAGAACUGGCAGAGAAGAAGAACCAGGCCAUCAACCAGCUGAGGAAGCUCCUCGUCCAGGGGAAUAAGAGAGUGGAGGCUCUGGCUAUAGUCAUCCAACAACUCUUCACUGAGCGCGAGGAAGCCAUGAAGCAGAAGAAGGGGUUGUCGCUGGAACUGUCAAACCUCCGAGACGAACUGGUUGCAUCGUCUCAGGGCUGCGAGCGUCUCCAGAAGGGGAAGGAGGAGGUGUGCGUCAGCUUGGAGGAGGCCUUGAACAGGCUUCAGAAGCAGCACAAGGAGGAGCUUGUGCUGCUGGAGGACAGAUUGAUGAGUUUUUACCAAACAGAGUGGGACAAAGUCCACCAGACGUACCAGGAGGAGGCCGACAAAUGCCGCAUGUUGAUGGAACUACAGGUGGAGGAGCUAAGGAACCAACAGGAAGCAGAAAAGAAGAACCAGGAAGUGAGUUACAGCAAGAAGAUGGAGUCUUUCAAACUGCAGUAUGAUACCUCCUUACAAGAGCUAGAGAGGAUCCAGCAGACGGACCUGGAGAACCUGAACAAAACACUGAAGGAGACUGAAACAUCUCUUUCUGAGAAAAUAUGUGAGCUGUCAGCAGAGAAGGGGGCUCUGAAUGAAAAGCUGAAAGCAGAGGAGGAGAGGAGGCAGAUACUCAUUGACAAGAAUCUGAAGGCCUCCCACACAGUGUACCUGGAGCAGGAGCUGGACAGUCUUAAGGUGGUGCUGGAGAUCAAGAACAACCAGCUGCACCAGAAGGAGAAGAAGCUCAUGGAGAUGGACAAACUGUUGGAAACUAAUGUGAAACUGGAGGAGUGUCUGACGAAGGUCCAACAGGAGAACGAGGACUACAAGGCCAGGAUGGACAAACACGCUGCUCUCUCCAAACAGCUGUCCAGUGAACAAGCCAAACUCCAGCAGACACUGCAGAAAGAGUCUAAGGUAAACAAGCGUCUGUCCAUGGAGAACGAGGAGCUGCUGUGGAAGCUGCACAACGGUGACGUACUGUCGAGUCCCCGCCGCCUCUCACCCACCUCACCGCGGAACUCUACCUCCUUCCCCACAACUGCACCCGUAUCGCCCAGAUAACCCAGCAAGAAACGACAACCGCUUCCUCUCCUGCGCCGUCCUGCUUGUCCUCGUAACCUUUACAAGAUAAAGACUUCAGUCACAGCAGUAUUGAUGGAUAUUAAUGAUACACUUGUACAUUUGGAGUAAAUUGCAUAAAAGACGCUUCUCUUGAAAGUGAUAAGGCAUUGCAGUGGCACCGAUGCACUUAUGUCUGAGUGGGACUGGCCUUGCUCUCUACCAAAUGCCUGGUUCUCCAACAAACCUUUCUUCUUUUUCUGAAGAAAGCAUUAAUAACUGGCACACCUCAGGGUCUGUACAAGGCGCCUCACUCUUGUUAUGACUAUCCUAACCUGUUUUCCGAUAUGUUGUUUAAGUCCUGCUCAUCCUGUUCUUUUAUACCGCUCCUUUCUUAAGAGGUGAUGAGAAAAACCUUGGAUGUGUGGCAUAUGUAGGUUUGUGGAUAGAGACUCAAAGUGUUUGGGUUUGGCAAAUCAUAAAAUGACGGGUACCUGCUCGAUGGAUUAGCACAGAUUCUUUUGCACUUUUUCCCUUCUUUUUAAAGAGGACGUUUUCCCCCAAGAGCCGAAGCUCAAUUACUUAUUUGCUUUGGACAUCUGGAAGAAGUGGAUGAACUUGGUGUUCUUUUUAGGCAAACAGGAACUUAUAUUCUGUUUAUUCAUCUCAGGAACUGACCAAAUUACUGACCUGAUCUGUUGAUCCAAUGGAUAUCUGUUCCUUCAUGUAAACUCACAACAUCUACCUUAAUCUAUGUGGAAUGUAAUCAAUCACCUUUGGAUGUUAAUCUGAGCAGCCCAGUUCGGAGACACAAAGCCAAAUAUGUAAAAGAAGUGUGCUGCCGGGACGGUGUUCACCCCUCUCCCCUUUAUUGUGUGUGUGUGUGUGUCCCCCCCCCCCUCCUCUAAAUCACCUUGUGCCCAAACAGAAACAAGGCAAGGCUGAACAAGUGGCUGAUCAGUUAAUAUCUGUCCUAUUUUUUGGGUCACAUGAAAACCUGCCAGUGAUCAUUUCCACAGAGAAAGCUCCCAGACUCUCCUGAACUGGCCGAUAACUGGCCUCUGUUUUACGGAAUCACUUUGUCUAUCUGGUGUCUGUCCUGAAAAACCUCAGAUGUACCCAGUUUCUUCUCAAUUCACUAUGUUCAGAUUUAUUUUGGACAUAGAAUAAAUAAAAUAUGACAUUAGAUCAAAGCAACAUUGUUUAAUUUUCAAUAUUAAAAUAAAUGCAAUGCUUUACAUUUCUGAAAAAGUCAAAAAGGUAAGUACAGGACGUGAGUGAGAUGAAACUGAUUUCACCCAGUUAACAUAAUGUUCACACCUUCAA